AUGAACAGUGAACAAGACAUAUCCAUACAGAAAAAACAAGAUAGCAUAACACCUUCUAAGAGGACGUCAGAAGCUCUUUUGGGAAAGGAUGAAAUUUGUGAUGAUUUUGAAGAGACCCAAGAUAUCCAAGAUUAUGCCUUGAUUAUAAAAAAUAAAAAAGUUCUUUUAAACAUGGAAGAGUGGUGUCAAAAAUCUAAAUACAUCAAGGAAAUUCACAAGCAAGAAACUACCCGUUCAACCUUUCAAUUAUUGCGUUCUAAAACUACUAUAACAUCAAGGACAAGUCAUAUCAUCAAUAGUAAUAACUUACUGUUCAAAAAUAAAUAUAAUCAACUUCCUUCUCUUACAACACAAAUUCGUAACAAAGUUUCUGCUGUAAAUCCACAAACUCCUCCAUCCCCUAACGAUGCUUUUCUUCAAGGAAACACAGCCUCGUAUAUUGAAGAGAUGUAUGAAGCUUGGCUCAAAGAUCCAAGUUCAGUUCAUUUAUCCUGGCAAAUAUACUUCAAAAAUAUCAAAUCUGGCAUGAGCUCAGGAAUGGCUUAUCAACCUCCUCCUACUAUUGUUCCCUUGACUGGAAUGAGCACCACUUUAUCACCAGAUAUUGAAACUUAUGGAGCUUAUGAUGUUAAUGAUCAUAUGAAAGUACAACUGUUAGUAAGAGCUUACCAAGUUCGUGGUCAUCAUAUUGCAAAGCUGGAUCCUUUAGGCAUUCUAAAUCCAGAUUUAAGUGAUUCCAUUCCAAAAGAACUUGAUCCUAAACAUUAUGGUUUUUCGGAUGCUGAUCUUGAUAGAGGUUUUUUUCUUGGUGCUGGUAUCUUGCCUGGAUUUUCUGAAACUGGCAAAAAAACACUUCGUGAAAUUAUAGAUAUUUGCAAAGAAAUUUAUUGUGGUCAUAUUGGUAUUGAAUAUAUACAUAUUCCUGAUAGAGUUCAAUGCGAUUGGAUACGUGAAAGAGUUGAAAUUCCAAAACCAUAUAAUUAUUCAAUUGAAGAAAAACGAAGAAUUUUGGAUCGUUUGAUAUGGUCUGAUUCAUUUGAAAGAUUUGUUGCCACAAAAUAUCCCAAUGAAAAAAGAUUUGGUUUGGAGGGUUGUGAAAGUUUGAUUCCUGGAAUAGAAUCAAUUGUUCUUGGAAUGCCACAUCGUGGUAGACUUAAUGUACUUAGUAAUGUGGUUCGUAAACCAAACCAAUCUAUAUUUUGUGAAUUCAGUGGUUCACUUGAACCAUCUGAGGAAGGAUCUGGUGAUGUCAAAUACCAUUUAGGAAUGAAUUAUGAUAGACCUACUCCAUCUGGUAAACGUGUAAACCUUUCAUUGGUGGCCAACCCAUCUCAUUUGGAAGCAGUAGAUCCUGUUGUACUUGGUAAAACUCGUGCAUUGCAAUUUUAUAUGAAUGAUGAAAAGGAAAGACUUCAUUCAAUGGCUUUAUUGUUACAUGGUGAUGCUGCCUUUGCUGCUCAAGGUGUUGUCUAUGAGACAAUAGGCUUUCAUGACUUACCAAAUUAUACAACCGGUGGCACUAUUCAUAUUGUUGUCAACAAUCAAAUUGGUUUUACUACUGAUCCUAGAUUUGCACGUUCCACUCCUUACUGUACUGAUAUUGCAAAGGUGGUAAAUGCUCCCAUAUUUCAUGUGAAUGGUGAUGAUGCGGAGGCUGUGACUUUUGUUUGUCAAUUGGCUGCAGAAUGGAGACAAACAUUCAAGAAAGAUGUGGUUAUUGAUAUAGUUUGUUAUCGUAAAUAUGGUCACAAUGAAGUUGAUCAACCCAUGUUUACACAACCUAGAAUGUACAAACAAAUUGCUAAACAAAUUCCUACACUUGAUCAAUAUGUUCAUAAACUUCUUGAUGAAGGAACUUUUUCAUUUGCUGAUAUUCAAAAACAUAAAAAAUGGGUUUGGGACACUUUGGAAGAAAGUUAUACUGAAAGUAAAGACUAUAAACCUUCUGGCCGUGAAUGGCUUUCAAGUUCUUGGAAUGGGUUUAAAUCACCAAAAGAGCUUGCCGAAGAAAUAACACCAGUUUAUCCAACAGGUUCACCUCUUGAGGCUCUUCACCAUGUUGGUGAUAAGAUUAGUUCAUAUCCAAAAGCAUUCAAUGUGCACCCAGGUCUAAUUAGAAUACUUAAUGCUC